AUGUUCUACCAUGCAUACGACAACUACAUAAUGCAUGCCUUCCCGCAUGACGAGCUUCUCCCGCUCUCCUGCAGCUUCAUCGACAACUUCGGCUCCUACGCGCUCACGCUCGUGGAUUCUUUAGACAUGCUGGCUGUGCUCGGGAACAGGACGGAGUUUGCGAGAGCGGUGGGGCUGCUGAAGAAGCAUCUCUCCUUCGACAAGGACGUUCAGGUGUCUGUCUUCGAAACAAACAUCCGCGUGCUCGGCGGACUUCUUUCCUCUCACCUCCUCGCUCGAGAUCCGAAGCUGAAGCUCAUGGACGACUACGACGGCUUCCUGCUCAAGAAGGCUCUCGAGCUCGGGGAACGCCUCCUCCCCGCCUUUGACACUCCGACGGGCAUUCCUUACGGUACCAUCAACCUCAGAAGCGGGGUUGCCGUGGGGGAGACGACCAUCACGUCCUCAGCAUGCGCUGGGACUCUCAUGCUGGAGUUCGGCAUGCUGUCAAGGCUGUCAGGACGCGGGGAGUUUGAGCGGGUGGCAAAGAGGUCCCUGCUAGCCCUGUGGUCAAGGAGAUCGAGCAUGGGUUUGAUCGGAGCGCAUCUUGACAUCAUGACGGGGCAGUGGACGCACAAGGACAGCGGGGUGGGAACGUCAAUCGACUCUUUCUACGAGUACUUGAUCAAGAGCUACAUCCUCUACGGGGAGGACGAGUUUCUGUUCCUCUUCCAGCAGGCGUACCAUUCCGCCAAGGCGCUCCUGGCGAAGUCGCCAUGGUACGUGGACGUGAACAUGGAGUCGGCACAGCUCGUGUGGCCAAUCUACAACAGCCUGCAGUCGUUCUGGCCGGCCAUCGAGGUCAUUGCUGGCAACUUGAAGGACGCGAGCGAGACGCAUUCAGCUUUUUAUGGUGUAUGGAGGAGGUAUGGAUACACUCCUGAAGGUUACAACCUGGCCGAUGGACGGGUACAACAAGGACAGAGGUCAUAUCCUCUUCGUCCUGAGCUCAUCGAGAGCACCAUGUACCUCUACCAGGCUACGCGCGAUCCCCACUAUGUACAGGUGGGACGAGACAUCCUCUCCUCCCUCGAGCAGACGCGCGUCCCUUGUGGUCACGCAGCGAUCGAGGAUGUGGAAACUCACUUACUGCAAGAUAAGAUGGAUUCCUUCUUCCUCUCCGAGACCCUCAAAUAUCUUUACCUUCUCUUCACUCCUCGUCACUGGGCUCUCAACGGCUCCUUCGUCUUCUCAACUGAAGGGCAUCCUCUCCCGCUGCAACAAUUGCCUGGCGAUCGCCCUGGAGGAGCUACAGCAGGCGAAGCAGAUGCUGGGGAGGUAGGAGAGAAGAGCGUCCUGGCUCCUGCGUGA